GACAGGUACGUGAUUUACGGAGUCAAGCUCCCUCCCCGCCAGAACCCCCUGACCCCUCCUGACCCCAGUCAAGAACAGGCCAGCGUGAGGUCCAGCCUGUUCUCCUGUCACAACCUGGGAAGGUUUGAGAUAGCACCGAGGGAGGCCCUUUGGCCCAUCGAGCUCCACGUGGGAUAGAACCAAGCGAGCGCGAUCCCACUUUCUUGGACGUGGGCCACUCCUUCCAGCGUACGGGGGUGGGCGGGCCUCUGGGUCGAACCAUUGGGACCAGCAGAGUGUCUCCCCCCUCUCUCUCUCUCUCUGCCUCUCACCAUCUUGUCCAUCUCUAUCCAGUCACCUCUCACCCUCCUUCACUCCCAUGAGAAAAGCCCUAGCUCCCUCAGCCUUGCUUCAUAACGUGUGCCCUCCAGGCCCGGCAGUGUCCUGGGAAAUCCCCUCUGCACCCUCUCGAAAGCUUCCACAUCCGUCCUCGAUUGAGGUGACCAGAACUGAGCACAAUGUUCCAAGUGUGGCCUAACUAGGGCUCUAUAAAGCUGCAACAUAACCUCGCGGCUUUUAAACUCAAUCCCCAUGCGAAUGAAAGCCAACACACCGUACGCCUUAACAACCCGGUCAACUUGGGAGGCAAUUUUGAGGGAUCUAUGAAUGUGGACCCCCCCCAAGUUCCCUCGGUUCCUCCACACUGCCAAGAAUCCAAGCUGUAUUCAGCAUUCAAAUUGGACCUUCCAAAAUGAAUCACUUCACACCUUUCCAGGCUAAACUGCAUCUGCCACGUCUCAGCCCAGCUCUGCAUCCUGUCAAUGGCCCCCUUGGCAAACUCCAACAGCCCUCCACACGAUCCACAACUCCAAGCAAACGUCCCGUCAUCAGCAAACUUACUAGCCCACCCUUCCACUUCCUCACCCAGGACAUUUCUAACGAUCAAAAGGGUAAAGCGCCCAGAACCGAUCCCUGAGGAACACUCAGAUCACCGAGCGCCUCGCUGAAUACUUCCCAUCUCCCACCACCCCCUCACGUCAAUGGGCCAGGCAAUUCCAAAUCCGUGCCGCCAAAAUUCCCUGUGCCCUCCUUACUUUCGGAAUGACCGUACCACAGGGAAGCACAUCAAUGCUAAAAUCCAUGUACACCACACCCGCUGCUAUCAAUGUGCAGGCCUUGCUAAAUUGUCCCCGUAGUGCCCAGGGAUGUGCAGGUUAGGGUGGGAUUGGCCGUGCUAAAUUGUCCCAUCGUGUCCAGGGAUGUGCAGGUUAGGGUGGAUUGGCCGUGCUAAAUUGUCCCCGUAGUGCCCAGGGAUGUGCAUGUUAGGGUGGAUUGGCCGUGCUAAAUUGUCCCCGUAGUGCCCAGGGAUGUGCAGGUUAGGUUGGAUUGGCCGUGCUAAAUUGUCCCCGUAGUGCCAGGGAUGUGCAGGUUAGGGUGGAUUGGCCGUGCUAAAUUGUCCCCGUAGUGUCCAGGGAUGUGCAGGUUAGAGUGGAUUGGCCGUGCUAAAUUGUCCCCAUAGUGCCCAGGGAUGUGCAGGUUAGGGUGGAUUGGCCGUGCUAAAUUGUCCCCAUAGUGCCCAGGGAUGUGCAGGUUAGGGUGGAUUGGCCGUGUUAAAUUGUCCCUGUAGUGCCCAGGGAUGUGCAGGUUAGGGUGGAUUGGCCGUGCUAAAUUGUCCCCGUAGUGCCCAGGGAUGUGCGUGUUAGGGUGGAUUGGCCGUGCUAAAUUGUCCCCGUAGUGCCCAGGGAUGUGCAGGUUAGGUUGGAUUGGCCGUGCUAAAUUGUCCCCGUAGUGCCCAGGGAUGUGCAGGUUAGGGUGGAUUGACCGUGCUAAAUUGUCCCAUAGUGCCCAGGGAUGUGCUGGUUAGGGUGGAUUGCCCGUGCUAAAUUGUCCCUGCAUUAGUCAGAGGAGAUUGGGUAUGGGUGGGUUACUCUUCGGAGGGUAGGUUAGGAUGUGUUGGGCCGAAGGGCCUGUUUCCACGCUGUCGGGAUUCUAAUCUAAUCUAAUCGAGAGGGUGAUGGGCCAAGUGCUGGUCAACGGAGAGGAGGUGAGGUUGGGAUAUCUGGGUCAGCAUUGACGCUGGGGAGUUCGAGAGAGAGAGAGAGAGAGGCGGGGGGACCUGUUUGAGUGAUCAACAAACCCCGCUUCCUUCGUCAGGGAGGAUCGAUAAGGAGACCCUUCCUUCACACCCAACCCCGAGAGAGCACAUGGAGGUCAAAGGGUCUCUCAUGACGACAGCGACUGGCAACAUCGGCGCUCCCGGCUCCCAGCGGUACACCAGGGCCGUGAAGGUGAGUACGGACAGGGUGACGGAGUUGGCAGAGCGACAGCGGGCCAUCGAGGAGAUGUUGAGGAGGAAGAUGGCCGAGCUGAGGGAGCUCUGCCUGCAGGAAGCGGAACUGACGGGAAUAUUGCCCUCGGAUUACCCACUGGAGCCUGGUGAGGUGCCACCAGUGGUGGGGCGCAGGGGGAGGAGAGGGAGCCAGUUACCCGGCCCCAGCGGGCAUUUGGAAAAGGCCUCUCACGUCUGGGAGUUCGGCCAUCGCUUUGAACAACAGGAACGCAUCGCCAAUGCCCAUCAACUGACGGGCACCAGAGCGCUGUGCCCCGAUGGGGGAUCAGCGAGACGGGUUCACCGGUACCAUCGCUGGGACACGAUGGACAAAACGCUGAAUGAGAACCCGAGAGACUGCUUUUACCCAGAAGGCCUGGCAUCGGUGCAGUGCGGUGAGCCAUCCUGCUAUCCCCUGGACACUGGGGGGAAUGGCCAGAACGUCGGGCAGUGCCAGGGAUGGACGCUGCUCCCUGCGGACAUCUACUGCCAGGCUAGGGGGCGCCGCAGGUCCGGCGCCAGCCCCGCCAGGUUAUUACAGCGGAGUGUGUCUGGGAUGGAACGGAGGAGUGUCCCAUCUUCCCCGGUCAUCUACAAAGACCGAACUGGACAGUACCGGUACCUGACAUCGGUUCCCCGUUGCACUCAGCGCCCGGACGCCCCUCCCUCGGAGCCCGGGGUGUGGCCCGGCGUCGCUCUGACCCGAAGGACGCGCCGCAGCAGCAGCUCGGAGACGCUGAGCGACAGCGCCACGGUUACCCGCCCCGGGCGCCGCUCGCUGGGGGGGUCGGGAGCCUCUGGCCUGGCCGGGCCCCAUGACCCCGAGGGCAGCGCCUGCCCCCCCAGGCGCUGGCCAGGCCCAGGAUCCACGGCUGGCGGGUCCCAUCGGAGGGCAGUGGGUGAACGGGCGGACCGAGACAUCCACAGGGCGUUGGCGCUGGAGGGUCUGAGGUCCUGGUACAUGCGGGCAGCUGUCCACCGAAACCAGGAGGAGUGGGUCAUCCCGGGCUGGAGGCGGGGUUCUAUGCCAGUGACCUCUCAAGUGAACUGGGAGGCGUGUCGGAGAUCAGCGAGGGUGUCCCAGCAGGUCAGGGGCACGCCACGGGCUCUCUGGUAUGACCCGCCCUCCUGACUGGACGAUGGCGGGGGUGGGGGGCAGUGCGUGAGAGUGGGGGCAGGGAGCUGUCGCUCUAAGGGGAGUCCACCCCGCGCUGGGUCUGUCUCCUAGGUAACCAGGGCAAGGGGGAGGGGAGGGAGGGGGCAGUGCGCUGGGGGAAUCGAGGGGAAUGAGACUGACCAGCCAGACAUCCUAGGGCCGCACAGAGAUCCUAACCAUCUGUGUGUGUGUGUGUGAGGGGAGGAAUGGCCUCUCCAACACGGCCUGUAAAACUGGGCUCGGUCAGGCAGCCUGUGUGAACGUACCAGGCCAAUGUAUCCCAUAAUGCCCCCUGUAGUCUGUCAGCACCUUGCCCCUUACCCCCCCACUUCCCUCCCACUCCCCUUCCGUUAACCCCUACUCCCUCCCCUUACCCCUCAACUGCCCUCCCCUUAACCCCACACCCCGUGCCCCUUGACCCCACAACCCCCUCCUUGACCCCAUGCCUCUUCACCAAUCCCCCCCACCCCCCCUCCCCGAGCCCAACAACAUCCCGCGCCCCUCCAUUCCCCGCUGCCCUCACCCGCUCCGUGCGGGCAUUGUUGGCGCAGGAGACCACAGCGAGGCCGACGUCGGUUGGGGGUGGGACGGGCUGGGCAUUUUCCGCUCCCCUCCAUCUGUUCACCCACCACCCCCUGCUGCGACUUGGUGCCCGGUUUGCCCCACAGUGCCCGUCCCCUUUAGCCACCUCGCUGCCCUGCGUCACCAGCCCCAGCCGAGGUCAAAGGUAAUCGGCUGCUCGACUGGGUGUGGCUUCGCCCGGUGAAUCGAGGCGGUCCACAGGUUGAACUGCGUCCUGUAAUUGAUAUUGUACAGAGAGAUAUGCUGUUAAUUCCUUUCCGAGCUGAAAACUCUUGUAUAUGUAGUGUAUAUUUCCAUGGAAACGGUUUUGGUCGGAAUCUCCUGGUGUUUAUAACCAAUCACAAUAAACCUAUAAGCUGCAGCCA